AUGUCCAAAACGGAUGAGCAUUCGCUUUGCGUGCUCUGCCUGGAAAUCCUGUACAACAACGCGGUGCUCAUCCAGACAGACAACACCACCGCGAUGUUUUAUUUAAACAGACAAGGGGAUGCCAUUUCCCCAUCCGAAGACCUCAAACUAAGGACGGAGCAAAUGAUUAGGAUUGCGGAAGCCCUGGACAUCAACAUCUCCACAGCUGAUAACAGGCCAAAGGACAAGAUCCUCAGUCGCCUAUACCCUGACUCCCCAGCUCCACUUCAGCCAUCCAAAAAUGAAUCCGACGCCGCGGCUUGCAGACCAGAUGACAAUUACACAUACCCCAGUUUGCCCAUUUCAAAGUACAAGGAAGAGAUAAUUUCCUUGAUUGAAAACAACUCUGUGGUAAUUGUGCGCGGAUCGACCGGUAGUGGCAAAAGCACUCAGCUUCCUCAGUAUGUCUUGGAUCGCUGUGGGGAGCGCGCUGUCUACUGCAAUAUUGUCGUUACUCAGCCCAGGAAAAUUGGGGCCAGUAGUAUUGCGAAGUGGAUCGGCAAACAGCGGUCAUGGCCUCUGGGGGAACUUUUGGGAUACCAGGUUGGUUUAGAAAGAGUGGCGUCGAAUGACACAAGAUUGAUUUAUAUGACAACUGGAGUUCUCCUUCGGAAAAUAGUUGCGGCCAAAAGCCUUUCGGAGUUCACUCACAUCUUCAUAGAUGAAGUGCACGAGCGCACGGAAGAGAUGGAUUUCUUGCUGCUAGUGGUUCGAAAGCUGUUGCGCACCAAUUCACGAUUCGUGAAGGUGAUUCUGAUGUCUGCAACCAUCAACUGCCAAGAAUUUGCCAACUACUUUGCAGUUCCAGUUCGCAACAAACUAUGUCCUGCCUAUGUGUUUGAAGUGGAAGGCAAGCCCCAUGCGAUUGAGGAAUACUACCUUGACGACUUGAAGCCGAUUUUCAGUCACAUCAGGAUUCCCCAGCUGGUUGUCGAAGAACCAGUGAUCCCUGCAGAGAUGUACAAAGCUGCAAUCACCCUGAUCCAAUGGAUCGAUGAGCUGGAAAUGAGGGAGAGUGGGAUGGAAAAACGUUGUUUGGAUCUUAUGUCGGAGCGCGGCAGUGUGUUGGUGUUCUUACCAGGUUUGGCAGAAAUAAACUACAUGCAUGAACUGCUUACAGAUAUGGUCCAUAAAAGGUUACAAGUAUAUCCGCUCCAUUCCAGUGUCACUCUGGAAGAACAGAAUAACGUGUUUUUGGCUCCGGUUCCUGGUUACCGGAAAAUCCUUCUGUCUACAAACAUAGCUGAGAGCUCUGUAACUGUUCCAGAUAUAAAGUAUGUCAUCGAUUUCUGUCUAACCAGAACGCUGGUUUGUGAUGAAGACACCAACUAUCAAAGCCUGCGGCUGUGCUGGAGUUCUAAAAACAGUUGUAAUCAGAGGAGAGGUCGUGCCGGUCGUGUUUCAGAAGGAUACUGCUAUAGGCUAGUAUCUAAAGACUUCUGGGCAAACUACAUACCUGAGAGCUCCGUUCCCGAGAUAUUGCGCUGUCCAUUGGAGAGUACCGUGCUGAAGGUAAAGCUGCUUGAGAUGGGCGAGCCCAGAGCUUUGCUGGCGACAGCCCUUUCUCCCCCCAACAUCAGCGAUAUCGAACGCACCAUUCUGCUGCUGAAGGAGAUAGGAGCGCUUGCGAUUGCUGUAGAUUCUGACGACGCAAAUCCUUACGAUGGCGAACUGACCUUCCUGGGAAAGGUGUUGGCGAAUUUACCUGUAGACCAGCACCUUGGCAAACUAAUAGUCCUCGGCAAUGUCUUUGGAUGUCUGGAAGAAUGUCUCAUAAUAGCUGCAGCCCUUUCCUUGAAGAACUUCUUUGCGAUACCUUUCAGACAACAUCUUGAUGGAUACAGGAAUAAACUGCAUUUUUCUGGGAACAGCAAGAGUGAUUGCAUCGUGCUGGUUAUGGCAUUUAAGGAGUGGCAGGAAAGCAAGCAAAAAGGAAAGCUCAGACAUCCCAAGGUGGCUGAAUUGUACGAGGAGUUGAAAAAGCGAGUCAGCCAAUUCAACAUGCACGUUAGCCAGCAGCCCCCCGCCAUGGAUCGUGACUAUGUGUAUAAGCAGCGCUUCAUUUUGCAGGUCGUGUUGGCUGGGGCUUUCUAUCCAAAUUACUUUGCUUUGGGGCACCACGAGGAAGAAAUUGCUGCGAGGGAGCUGUCGGGCAACGAUCCCAAAACAACAGUUGUGUUGAAGAGCAUGCCCUCGUAUGGAUUCCUUUACUAUAAACAACUGCAGUCACUGUUCAGACAGUGUGGCCAAGUAAAAUCCAUUUCCUAUGAUGGAACCAAAGCUUUUAUAGAGUUUUCCCGGAAUCCAACAGAACGCUUUAAAAUGCUUCCUGCUGUCUACAUGGCCCUUAAGAUGUCACAACUGCGGACUCGAUUUGAACUUAAUGUUCAUUUGCCAGAAGACAUUGAAGAAAAAAUGGACAUGGGAUCAAGUGUAAUAAUGAGGGGCGCACGUGUGAAGGUGGACUUUCAGAAACAUACAGUGGCUCCCAUGCAGAAGUUCAGCAGCGGCUUAGACAAUUCGCAGACAAUUACAGGCCUUGAUUUGUCAAUCAACAUCACAGAGGUGGUGGAAGUUGGACACUUUUGGGGUUACAGAAUCGAUGAAAAAAAUAUAGCUGUCUUAAAAAAUCUUACUUCAGAGAUCAGCCAGUUAGAACUGAAGCCUCUGUCGAUCCGUCCCUAUCCUGACUUGGUUUGUAUGGCGCCGUUCACAGACUGGGAAGAUGAAAAAUACUACAGAGCCCAAAUCCUGUAUGUGUCUGGGGAGAGUGUUGAGGUUUUCUAUGUAGACUAUGGCAAUAGAUCCAAAGUGGCCUUGGACCAUCUGCGGGAGAUUCCAGAUCACCUUCGAACUCUUCCUUUCCAGGCUUUGGAAUUUAAGCUGCGCCGAAUACGGCCCUCUGCACAUUCUCUAGUGUGUGGAGAGCAGUGGAGCUAUGCGGCGAGUCAAAGGUUUGCCUCUUUGGUCAACCACUGCGCCCUGAUGGUGAAGGUGUUUUCGAUUGUGCACAGUGUCCUGCACGUGGAUGUUUACCGGCACUCUGGCUUCAUGGAUAUUGUGAAUAUCCGAGACGUACUUAUCCAAGAAUGCUAUGCAGAGUUGUCAGAGGACUCCUAUGAAUCAAAACUAAGUAGCGAAACUCUCCAGGAGCUGUUUGCAAAGCCAGAUGAGAACAAGGGGGAGAGGGUUGCACCUGCUGAGACUAACUCGAGAGAGGAAGAAGAGGAGCGCCUGAUCAAAGCGUUGUUGGAUAGGUGUGCCAUCGAUAGGCUCGGUGCACCCAACUGCAAGGCAGUGUUGAUUGGUCCCUUCAACCCAUACAAUCUGAAAUUCAGCAGUAUGACCAGGAUCUCCAGGUUCAGAACUGUCUUGGUAGAGAAGGAUAGUAUCAACUCUGUGGUUGUUGAUGACGUCCCAGAGGAUUCGUUUCAGCAAAUGUUGGUUGCUGCGUCCAUAUCGGUGAACUCAACAGGCUCUACCAUGGUGCUAAGAGACACUUCUCUCAUGCCUCAUAUUCCUGGACUGCCGGCUCUGCUGAGCAUGCUGUUUGCCCCUGUGAUAGACCUGCGGGUGGAUGAGAGCAGAAGGAGAUACACUGGUGUCCUUUGUGGUCUGGGGUGGAACCAUGCUCUGGGAACCCCAAUCUUCCAGGACCAUGACAUGGAGCUUGCGUUUGAUGUGCAGAUUAAUGCUGACGACAUAACACAGAUAAACAUCCUAAGAAAAGCCAUUAACAAACUAGUCAGCGAUGGCCCUAAAGGCUUGAUACAUUUGGGUAAGGAGAGAAUUACUCAUUUACAGAACGUGGCUCGCCAGAACCUUUUAAGCCUGAUUUGCAAACCAAAGCCUCGGGAAAUAAUUUCUCCUAAGUGGUAUGCCAACCCAUAUGAGUGGGGCCAGCUGAAGACGAAGUUUGUCAUCGACCAGUCUGACAUGCAGGACGCAGAUGAGAAGAACGCAUCCCUUUACCAGUUGCAUAAGUUGGUUCUGUUAAACAUCUGA